CCCGAGCGGUGGCCGUGGCCGUGGCCUUGGUCGUGAUAGUUGUAGCCGUGGUGGUACUUGGUGGGGGCGCUCAGGCAGGGGGGCUUCACGCCCUCAACCUCAAUGCACACUGGGUGCUUGGUCACACGGCUAGUCACCUGCAAACCAUUUAAAUGUUUCCAUUAAAGUUGGCUAAAACUGUUCUAUUCAUGCUAUGACACCAUUCUGGGAAAAGGUUCUAGAAAAACCUGCAAACCAUUUAAAUGUUUUGUUAAAAUUAUCUAAAAUUGUUCCAUUCAUGCCUAUAUGACACUAUUCUAGUAAAAGGUUAUCACAUUCUACAUACUACUGUACCUAUUUGUAUUUCUAAUUGAUAGCACGCCCCUACUACCCAUUCAUGUCUAGAGUGAUGGAACGUGUAUUAUUAUUCUCCAGCUUGUACCUAUAUUCUACUCGAAUCAGGUAAAUUUUCAUGAGACAAGCACCAAAAGUACUAUAGUUGCUACUAGUUCCAGAAUAAUUAUUAGUUCCAAAUAAUUGUUGAUACGGGAAUAAAGCAGUUUUAUUUAAGCACUUCAGGAAUUUGUCAUGUAAUAUUAGGAAGGAAUGGAAACUUUGAAUUGAAUGUUAUGCUUUAUUCUUAGAAGAUGUUCAUGAAAUAAUUCUACUGGCCUAUGCAGGCAAGAAAUUUAAUGUAUUUUGAUAUCUAACAGUUGGAAAUAAUUUCCAAAAUAGUUUCUUGAAUUAUUAGUUAUUAUUGAAAUUAUUUUUCAUAGUUGCUGAUUGAUUAUUUUAUUGGUUUUCAGUGGAUACUUACACACAAAACUUUAUUUCUUAUAAUAAAAAAGAUAUUGUCAAAUUUUACUAAAAAUUUUACAAAUUUCACAACAUCACCAUCAAUUCUACUAAUUUUAUUUCUUAUAGAUGGAAUAUUAUAAUGGAAUAUGGUAUCAAACACCAUUCAAGAUUAUCUACUUCAAUUUUUUUUCGUACAAAUGAUUUUUGAAUUAACAAUUGAAGGAAAUCCAAUUCAUAAUACAUAUUGUGACAAAUAGGCUUAGGGACAGGAAGGUGCAGGGCAGGGGGUAUGGGCGAAAGUUCGAGAAGAUAGAACAAAGGGCAAGAGUAUCCAGCUGAAUGCGGCCAGCCACACUCCCUCUCUGUCCCUCUCACUCCAUCUCACUCAAACCUAUUAACCAGUGGAAGGUUUGAGACUUCUGGAGAAUUCAAGAACAUUCUAUGGAGCUUGAUUGACAGGUGGUAAACAAGGUAACGUCUCUGGAAUGAUCUAGAAAGUUCGCAGCCAGUAUUAAAGAGGGACAACUUGGACAUGUUAGUCAGUAUUGAGUUUAUGGUGAAUGAAGACAAGCGGUGUGUGAACGAACGGUAAAAGUGUAGUGUUUUUGAUGAAGUGGACUCUUUGUUCAGCAAAGGAAGUGUUGAUGUCAGUUUAAUCUGUCAGUGUUUGUUAAUCUUUUAAGAGUUGAAGAAAUCAGAUAUUUGUUCUGCCAGAGUGUUAGUUUAUUUUCAGUGUGAAUCGAUGGACUUUUGAUUGUACUGUAGUAAGUGAUAAUUGAAUUUCAUAGUAAGUCUUAUAAUCAAAUUUGAGUUUAGAAAAAACUUUGUUAUCUGUGUAUUUUCAACUGUUUAGUUCAGUCUGUGCCAUCAAGUAUUAGUGAAAAUCGAUUCAAUAAAUUUCAGUAUAUUCUCAUUUGUAGUUUCACUCAAAUAAAUCCUGAAUGAACCCUGUUGAACUGGUGUCAGAAGUGGGAAUCAUUUGAGUACUUCCAAAUCAACGUGAAGUUAUAGAAGAUAAAUGAAAAUGGCACAGGACUCUAUUCUUGAAAAUCUAGUGAAAAUGAUGGCUGAAUUGAAAACAACUUUUUCUGACUUUCAAGGAGCAAUAGUUGAACUCAGGAGUGAUCUAGAAUAUGAAAUUUCUAAGAGAAUUUGUGAUGUGAAAUUAGAUGUAGAUAGUCAUAGGAAAGAAUUGUUUGAAGUACAAUCAGCAGUGACUGGAAUAGUAGAAAAAUGUAGCUCAGAUAUGAAAGACAUUAGAGAACAACUGUCAAAUAUUAAAGCUGGUGAUAGGAAAAUUGAUAGUGUGAGACAAAUAAGUGGAGCCAGUGUUAGUAGUGAUAAGCAACUGGAAGUGGACAAUGAGUGUACAGCUGAGCCAUCCAGACUAGUGAAGCCACCAAAAUUCGAUGGCUCAUCGCCAUGGGCAGUUUUCCAUCGCCAGUUCAAGACUGCUGCUCAGUACAACCAGUGGGAAGAAGAUGAGAAGAAUGCUCAACUGGUAACAGCUCUACAAGGACCAGCUGCAGACAUUCUACAGACAGUCCCAAUGGAGGCAACCUACAGGGAAAUCUGUGUGAGGCUUUGGAGAGUCGCUAUGGAGAGCACAAUCUGGCUGCUAUAUACAAGUGUCAACUGUGUGGGAGGCAACAGAAGGCAGGAGAGACUCUUCAAGAUUUUGCUAUGAGCAUUGAACAGCUUGCAGUAAAGGCUCUACCCGGUCUUCCACAAGCCUAUGUCCAGGAGGAGGCAGCUCAUAGUUUCAUACAAGGUCUCAAGGAUGCAGAAACUCAAAGACAACUGUUGCUGGCUGGACCCAAGAAUAUUAGUGAGGCUCUCAUGUAGGCUCUUCGCAUGGAAGCUGCAGCAGCACUGACACACCCCACAAUGAAAGUGCACCAAUUAAAGGAAGAGGAGCAAGGAAGAAGAUUGCAAUACAAGAACAAGGCAGCUGAACUUUACUGUUGGAAUUGUGGCAAGCCUGGCCACCUAAGGAGAGAAUGUCUAAUUUUAGUGGGAAAUGCAACAGCCAAUCAUCAGGGAAACGAGGGCGUCAGCCAGCUGAUACCUACAACAUCACCUCCUAGAGCUAUGAAAAUUUCUACUAUUCGGCAAGGAACUGACAGUCUGACAGCUACCAGAUGAGUGGGGCGAAAUCAUUGUCAGGUGACCAUUGAUACAGGAGCAUCAGCCUCUGUUAUCCGACCUGACAGGCUACCAGAGGGCUGUAAAUGGUGCACACCUGUCUGGCAAUACAAAAUCAAGACAGCAUCCGGGGAGGAGUUACCUGUUCUUGAGGAGGCCUUGAUUCAACUGCUCUUUGAGGAGGUGAAAUUGAAGGCUUGGGUGUUUGUGGUUGAUAUCUGCAAUGAUUUCAUCCUGGGACUGGAUAUCCUCCGAGCACAUGAUGCCAAAGUCGAUCUGGGACAACACAUACAACAACUUCAUCAAGGGACAGUGGUAUUGAAUAAAUCUGAAAGCAAGACAAUGAAGUGCUUCAGAAUUCGAAAGGUAGAAUAUAGACCAGAGAAGAAACCCAGCAAUGCAAGUUCUAGUGACACCAACUGUAAGCAUUGUACCAGGUUUGAGGACAGAAAUAAAGUUAAGACAGUUCAACAAGUAACAAUCAGGGCAGCUGAGAGGUUGAGCAAAGAGGAAAUGAGAAAGAGCCAGCUAGAGGACCCAGAUAUUGGACCACUAGUUAAAGGAGAGGAAUCGGGAGCACGGCCAGGACAUCUGGGAAUCAAGAAGACCAUUGACAAGGCAUGAGGUAUUGUUUUUUCUACUGGCUACAUCCUUGUGAUGAUGUGAAGAAAUGGUGCCACUCUUGCACGUCUGUGCAGCUAGAAAAGGACCAGCAACCAGGAGCCAAGGGAGCAUGAAACGGUACAAUGUUGGCACACAACAUGGAAAAGAAUUCCCUGCAAACCAGCACCUGAAGAUUGCCAGUAACAGCAUGAGGGCUCGGUAUGGCCUACAGGCCAAGUCCAAAAGAUUUCAACCUGGUGACAAAGUCUGGUUGAAUCAACCGAGGAGAACAGUGGGGAGAUGCCCUAAACUUGACAUGCACUGGGAAGGGCCUUAUGCCAUAUUGGACAGGAUCAAUGAUGUUGUCUACAGAAUUUAGAAACAUCCAUGUAGCAGGAGGAUGGUAGCUCAUCUUGACCGCCUGGCACCUCAUCAUCAGGCUACUCAGGACGAGCAGCCCUAAGAAGGGAGCAAUGUGACAAAUAGGCUUAGGGACAGGAAGGUGCAGGGCAGGGGGUAUGGGUGAGAGUUCAAGAAGAUAGAACAAAGGGCAGGAGUCACAUUGUCUCAAGCUGAAUGCGGCCAGCCACUCUCCCUCUCUGUCCCUCUCACUCCAUCUCACUCACACCUAUCAACCAGUGGAAGGUUUGAGACUUCUGGAGAAUUCAAGAACAUUCUAUGGAGCUUGAUUGACAGGUGGUAAACAAGGGAAUGUCUCUGGAAUGAUCUAGAAAGUUCACAGCCAGUAUUAAAGUGGGACAACUUGGACAUGUUAGUCAGUAUUGAGUUUAUGGUGAAUGAAGGCAAGAGGUGUGUGAACGAACGGUAAAAGUGUAGUGUUUUUGACGAAGUGGACUCUGUGUUCAGCAAAGGAAGUGUUGAUGUCAGUUAAAUCUGUCAGUGUUUGUUAAUCUUUUAAGAGUUGAAGAAAUCAGAUAUUUGUUCUGCCAGAGUGUUAGUUUAUUUUCAGUGUGAAUCAAUGGACUUUUGAUUGUACUGUAGUAAGUGAUGAUUGAAUUUCAUAGUAAGUCUUAUAAUCAAAUUUGAGUUUAGCAAAAAACAUUGUUAUCUGUGUAUUUUCAACUGUUUAGUUUAGUCUGUGCCAUCAAGUAUUAGUGAAAAUCGAUUCAAUAAAUUUCAGUAUAUUCUCAUUUGUAGUUUCACUCAAAUAAAUCCUGAACCAACCCUGUUGAAAACGUUACAAUAUAAUAUUAUUUAUUCAAAUCAAUGACAAUUGUUAGGUUAUACUCACAAUGGCUAUCAAUUAGCCAUUGUUGUUGGUUCACUGUAGCCUAUAUGUGGCU